GGCCGCCGCCUGGGGUUGUGUCCGUACUACGGCAGUCGCUCGCUGCUGUCAGAGGCCGACAUUGUGGCGCUGCCGUACAGCGCGCUUCUGUGCGAAGAGACCCGUGGGUCACUGGGUAUUUGGCUGGAGGGCUCGGUCGUCAUCUUUGACGAGGCGCACAACCUGGUGGACGCGGUGACGGGGACCCAUGGAUCGCAGCUUUCCCUGGAGCAACUGAAAACCGCCGUCAGGCAGCUCUCCGCCUACUUCUCCCGCUUCCAGUCCCGACUCGCCCCGGCCAGUGCGCGGAACGUGCAGCUGGUGAUGCGACUGGCAACCUCCCUGAUGCGAUGCCUGGAGCCGCAACUACCACAACCCGAUGGUGCUUUCGGAGUGGAGGUCCUAAGCACACAUGAUUUCCUGACUUCUACCCACCUGGACCACCUGAAUCUGUUUCCCCUGCUCACCUGGGUUCGGGAGUCCCGACUGGUGAUGAAGGUAUGUAUAUAUGUAUGUAUGUAUGUAUAUAUGUAUGUAUGUAUGUAUGUAUGUGUGUGUAGAGGGGGCCCUCAACACCUCUCUAUCGGGUCCUCUUCCACCCGGCCCAACCCUGCUGCAGCUGCCGCCAGUGGUGGCGGCGGCGGCUUCGGAGCCCGCCGCUCGUCGCUGUUCGCCUUGGUCUCCUUCCUUACUGCCCUCACGCAUCCCAAUGCGGAUGGACGAAUCGUCGUCUCGCGCGGGCCCCCUAGUGGCGGCGGCGGCAGUGCUACUGCCGCUGCCGCUGACGCUGCCUCCCUUCGCUAUACCGUCCUCAACGCCGCCACGCAGUUUGCGUCCAUCGUGAACUCCGCCAGGUCUGUCGUACUUGCCAGCGGCACGCUGUCGCCGGUCGAGGGGCUUAUGGCGCAGCUGCUGCCCUGUGUGCCGCCGGAUCGUGUACGGCACUUUUCAUGCGGCCACGUGGUGCCGCGGGAGAAUUUGCUGGCGCUGGUGGCGGCGCGGGGACCCACGGGUUUGGAGCUGGAUUUGCGUCACGGCCGGCGGACGGACCCACGGGUCUGUGAGGAGCUCGGACGGCUCCUCGCCAACAUCUGUACGGCAGUUCCAUCGGGCAUUGUCAUAUUCGCGCCGUCGUUUGCGUACCUCGACCAGCUCGUCACCGCUUGGCGCCGUACGGACGUCUGGUCGGCACUGACCUCCCGCAAGCACGUAUUUGUCGAGCCGCGAUCCGCAGGGGAGGUGGAGGCCGUACUGACGGCGUACGGCACCGCCAUCCAGCUAACCGCACAGCCGCUGCUGCCAUCGCAAGCCGCCGCCGCCCCGAGCGGCGCAAUCCUCCUUUGUGUAGUGGGGGGCAAGCUGAGUGAAGGCAUCAACUUUGGGGAUGAGCUCGGCAGGUGA